AUGUACAGAAUAGAUGUUUCAGAUUUUUAUGACUUCCAAGCAUUCAGAAAUAUGUGUCCAUUUAGAGACUAUAACAAAGCAGUCGAGAAUUUGAAACGUUUAGUCAUUUAUGUUGACUCUGCCCCAGAAUGUUAUGUCAUGAAAGAAUGGGAUGUUGUCUUUAACAAACCAAGAGCAACAAUAGUGUCUGAACAAGAAUGUAGACAGAAACUUAAGAAAAUAAAAGUUGUACAAGUUGGAAUGAAGAUGUUAGAUGCUUGGGAUAUCUUAUUGUCAAAGUUAGAAGAUUUUUCAGUUCGAGGUAUAAAGUUCUAUACACCUUCUCCAAACUUCUAUUCUAUCUUCACUGGAUAUAAAUACGAACAAGUAGAAUGGAAACACAGUAUUAUAGAAGCUUGGUUAGACCAUGUCAAAGAAAUUAUAUGCAAUGGAAACGAAAGAGUCUAUGAGUAUAUCUUAUGUUGGUUUGCAAAUAUCUUACAACAUCCAAGUGCUAAAAAUGAAACUGCUCUCAUUAUAAUUGGAAAACAAGGAAC